AAUUCUGUUUUCUGCUUUCAUGCUGUUUCAUCUUCAAGUCAGCGACGCCAGAUCGCCUUCAAGUCUUCACAUUAAAUCACUCAUUACAUGGCGUCCCAAGACACUCCCGUAUCCAGGCGGCUCCGGUCUGUCAAGCACAUCAUCAUCGUUCUGUCUGGCAAAGGGGGCGUAGGCAAAUCCUCAGUUUCCGCUCAGUUGGCGCUUAGUCUGUAUGCCAGUUCGCCUACGGCCCGUGUCGGCAUUCUGGAUGUCGAUCUGACUGGGCCGUCAAUACCAAGGAUGCUGGGUUUGGAUGGACAUGGUGUCCACCAAAGUACUGAUGGAUGGGUUCCUGUUUACGCCGAUGCUGUCGGCUUCCUGCUCAAGAACAAAGGAGAUUCUGUUGUUUGGAGAGGGCCGAAGAAGAAUGGGAUGAUUCGCCAAUUUCUGAGCGAUGUUCGGUGGGGAGAGCUGGAUUACCUCGUCAUCGAUACACCUCCCGGUAUGUCAAGAGCUAUCCAUUCUUACCCUUCGCUGAACCUGUGCUUAGGAACUUCGGACGAGCAUUUGUCUCUCCUUGAACACAUGGCGCCAGUUCACUCUCAGCUGUCGUCCGUCAUCGUAACUACCCCACAGGCGGUCGCACUCAUGGAUGUCAUGAAGUGUCUUUCAUUCACCAGAGCUGUGAACCUUCCUGUGUGGGGUCUCAUUGAAAACAUGAGUGGCUAUGUCUGUCCGCCUACCUUUUCUCGGAAGCCUGCCAGUCGACACAGAGUUGGUGACUUUGCUUGAUGCGAGUGAACCGGCACAGAUGGACGAUGCGCCAGGUUUUCGUGUCUUGGAGCGGUAUAAAUCCACGCCCUCGGCUCAGAUUUUUGAGUCUAUUGUUCAAAAAAUACUGCACAGUUGCGGCUAGACCAUGAUG